CGUUUCUUCACUCGAAACUUCAGAUGAACUUGACGACAAUCCGAAAUCUCGCAACGGCAUUCUGAGACUGAGCAUUGAGGAAAACCGUCUCUUAUUCCGAAACAUCUCUCUUCCCCUUUAUUUUCGACACAUACAAGUCAACAAACACAACCCAACACCAACUGAGAGACCACCACCACCACGGCAACCCACCAUGUCCCUCUACCACGAGACAGCCGCCAUCCUCACGGCCGCUGGUCCCACCGCCACCCACGGCGGCAGUCUCAAAUCCCGCAUCUUCAAAGACAAAUCCCUCAAAAGUCCCCCAGCCCAAGUCUACGCUUUAGCCUUGGAGACCAGCAAAUGGAGCGCCAUCUUGAAAGAAGUCGUCGAGGCCUCGGACCUGCUCAAGCACGAGCGAAAACUCACCCCGGCUCUCUCCCUUCUGUUGACACACGACCUGUUGCUCUCCAAAUCGGGCAUCGCCCUGCCCGCCACCCACGGCUUGAGGGUUUCCAUCGAGCGGCACAAGGCCCGGCUCAACUCGGAGUUCGUCCGCGCUCGCAUACGGCGCAGAUGUGCCACGCUGGACGCGCUGCGGACCCAGGUAGAGAUUGAAGCCCGCGGCGGGUGUCCGGUGCAUCCAAGGUGGAUUAGGGUGAACACUUUGAAGUCGACGGUGGAAGAGCAGUUGGCCACGACGUUCAAAGGGUGGGAGGUUGUUGAGUCCGUGGCGGAGGUUAUCAAGGCUGCAGAUGCUUUUGAUUCUCAACAAGGCCAGGGAAAGCGGGGGAAGAAGGUGAUUCACAUCGAUGGACACAUUCCCAACCUGAUUGCUGCCUGCCCGGGCGUGGCAGAUUUCACCAAGACGGAGGCCUACAAAGCGGGCAAGAUCAUACUGCAGGAUAAGGCGUCGUGUUUUCCCGCUUAUUUGCUGGAUCCACGGCCGGAGAGGGACGGAGAUGUCAUGGAUACGUGCGCGGCGCCGGGGAAUAAGACGACGCAUUUGGCGGCGAUUGUGGCAUCAAGGGUGGAGGAUGGGAAGGCGGUUGUUUUCGAUGGUAGUACCUCUAAGAAGGGAAAGAAAGGUGGUGGAAAGGGAACGACAACAACGACGAUAUUCGCCUUCGAAAAAGACCCCCACCGCGCCAAAACCCUCCAGAAAAUGGUCAAAACCGCCGGCUCCGAUUCCUUCACCGUCGUCAACGCCGGUAAAGACUUCCUCAAGGUGAACCCUUUGGAUGCCAAGUACCGAACCGUCGGCGCCUUGCUUCUUGAUCCUUCCUGCUCCGGCUCAGGCAUCGUCGGUCGUGACGACGCACCCACCCUCCACCUCCCUUCUGCCCCCUCCUCUUCCUCUACCCCUUCUUCUGUCCCUUCCACCAAAGCCAACCCCAAAGGCAAACAAAACAACAACAAGCGCAAAUCCCCCCCUACCUCCUCCUCCACAGAGGCCAAAGAACCCCCAACCAAAGUCCUCAUAGACGACGACGGCGUCGCCAUCCCCAUCUCCUCCCAAGCCGACCUCGAAGCCCGCAUCGCUUCGCUCGCCUCCUUCCAGCUUACCUUGCUGCAACACGCCAUGUCUUUUCCUGCUGCCAAGCGCAUCACCUACAGCACUUGCUCGAUCCACGCCGGCGAAAACGAGCACGUCGUUUUGCGCGCGCUUGCGUCGGACGUUGCGAAAAGGAGAGGGUGGAGGGUGUUGAAACGGGAAGAGCAGGUGGAGGGGAUGAGGAGGUGGGAUGUUAGGGGGGAGCAAGGAGCGAUGGAUUUGGAGGGGGUUACGGAGGGAGAGGGGGUGAAGGAAAAGAUGGACGAGAAAGAGAAGGAGGAGGUCAGGGAUGCGGUUAUUAGAGCUUAUUAUCGUGAUGAUGGGAUGGGGGUUAUGGGUUUUUUUGUGGCUGGUUUCGUUAGAGACGGUACUGUGGACGAUCCGAUCUAUACCAACGGCACUGGCACUGGUGCUGCGCAGCCAGAGGAUGAUGAGGAGGAAAAAGAAGACCCGGAAGGACCAUUUGUGAGGGACGAGCAGGGGCGGAUUGUCAGAGACGUAAAUGGUAUUCCUACGUUGAAGAGCACGGGGAAGAAGGCGGUCGAUUUGAAGGAGUUGCAGGGAGAGGAUGAGAGUUCGGUGGAGUAUAGGGUCGAGGGGCAAGAGGAGGGGGCCGGAAAGGAGGAGCCGUAUCAGAGGGAUGAGGAAGGGCAGAUUGUGAGGGAUGAGGAGGGGUUGCCGGUUUUGAAGGAGGGGAGGAGGUGGAAGGUCGUUAAGGGGGGAAAGGGGCAAAAAGAGGAGGAAGUGAGUGGUGAGGGUGAGAGUGAGAGCAAGGAGGAGAGCAGUGAGGAGGAUGACGGUGAAUGGGGUGGUUUUAAUGAUUAGACUUGUAGGGGGGUAGAAUGGACGCGGAACCUGAAGCUUUGUUGACGGCGAAAACCAUUAAGGCUGUUUAAGGAAAUAUAAAGAAAGCCCAUCUGCGUGACGAACACCAGUAUACCUUGG